AUGUACUGGUUACUUUUCUUGGCCGUAUGUAUCAGCGCGACCGCAUCGGUCAGGUCCGUGGAGUACUUCGAUCUCGAAGAUGCUCACAUACACUUUAAAGACUUCAGAAAUAAAUUCAACAAACAGUAUGUUGACGAACGUGAGAAAGAAUUUCGCUUCAGUAUAUUUAAGAAAAACUUAGAGGAUGUCAAUAGAUUGAAUAAAGAAAGCAAGCAUGCUGUUUAUGGCGUGACAAAAUUCAUGGACUUAACUUUGGAAGAAUUUGCAGCAAGAUAUUCAUGUAUCUUGGACCCAAGUUAUGAUAGUUACACUAUGUAUUGUGAUGUUAUAAAAACUGACAAAGAUAUUCCGGAUGCAGGGGCACCGGAUGCAUUUGAUUGGCGCGACAAAAAAGCUGUCACUAGGGUUAAAGACCAAGGAGCAUGUGGAUCUUGCUGGGCUUUCAGUUCAAUAGCUCAUAUAGAGUCGCAGUAUUUCCUUAAACAUGGUAACCUCACAGAAUUUGCCGAACAACAACUUGUAGACUGCGAGAAAAAAUGCUUUGGUUGCUUGGGUGGAUAUAUGAGUUUGGCUUUUAAGGGCCUUAAAGAAGGAAAGGGACUAAUGACAGAAAAGGACUAUCCAUACAUGGCAAAACAGUCAAAAUGCCAAUUUGACCCAAGUAAAGCUGUAGCGAAAAUAUCCGACUGUGUUUCAUAUAACCUUACCAGUCAAGAAAAAGUUAAACAGCUUUUAUAUAAAAUUGGACCAAUAUCUAUUGAAAAUGGAAUACCUUACUGGAUUGUGAAGAACUCUUGGGGUGCUGAUAUUGAAGAAAAUGGCUAUUAUCGAAUGCAACGCAGUAACAAUCCAAACGGGGCUUGUCGUAUGCUCAACACUUUUAUGGCGACUGCUACUGUUGAUUAA